AGUUUGUUUUUGUCGCGUUUCUUCUUUUGAAGCAUUCGCCUUUUCCAUUUACUCUGCGCACAUACACCUGUUUAUUUUGUUUACUUUCAUUCGCUCCGGCAGAAUUUCGCCAAUGCAAAACAAGUGUCAAAUUAAAAGAACAGCAAAACGUACGUAACGACAGUGAAAUUAACGAUUAGAUAGUGCUGUUGUGUACCAAAACCAGAAAAAAUCAAUUAUUUGGAUUUCACGCACACAAUUUGUUCACGUUUGUUUCGAGUGUUGGAGCGGUCAGUUUCGUGAUUUGAUCGUCACAGGAUUUCAACUCAGCUCUUCCCUUAUAGACGCCCAAACGACGCAAAAUGGGUCGCAAAGUGACGGUAGCCGUUGCCACUCUGAACCAGUGGGCGCUGGACUUCGAGGGCAAUAUGUCUCGAAUAAUGGAGUCCAUCGUGGAGGCGCGGGAACUGGGAGCGACCUAUCGGACCGGUCCGGAGCUGGAAGUAUGUGGCUACAGCUGCGAGGACCAUUUCCACGAAUCGGACACCUAUCUGCACUCGUGGGAAGUUCUGCUGGAGAUUCUGAUGUCUCCGCACUGCCAGAACAUGCUGAUCGAUGUCGGUAUGCCGGUACAGCACCGAAACGUUGCCUACAACUGCCGGGUUGUGUUCCAUAACAAGCGCAUCCUGCUGGUGCGUCCCAAAAUGGCAAACUGUGACGAUGGAAAUUAUCGGGAAACCCGCUGGUUUACUGCCUGGGUGAAGGAACGUCAAACGGAGGAGUAUUAUCUGCCGCGGAUGAUUGCAAACGCUACCGGUCAGCAUACGGUUCCAAUUGGUGAUGCCGCGAUUGCAACUCGUGAUACCUGCUUGGGGUAUGAAAUUUGCGAGGAGCUGUGGAAUCCUCGAAGCACCCACAUCGAUAUGUCCCUCUCGGGGGUGGAGAUUAUGGUUAACAGCUCUGGCAGCUACAUGGAACUACGCAAAGCGUACAUUACGACCGAUCUGAUACGGAACGCUAGCUACAAAGCUGGUGGCGCAUAUUUGUUCAGCAAUUUGCGUGGCUGCGAUGGUCAGCGAGUUUAUUUCAACGGAUGUUCCGCUGUGGCUUUGAACGGGCAAAUCAUCGCCAGAGGGAAACAGUUUGCACUAGAAGAUGUCGAAGUAACAACUGCCACUAUCGACCUGGAGGAUAUUCGGUCAUAUCGGGUGGCUUUACGCUCGCGUUGUUCAGUAGCGGCAGCCACUCCAACCUAUCCGCGGGUCAACGUCGACUUCGAGCUGUCCCAUCCAAGCGAUCUUAGCAUACCGCAAAGUGCCCCCACCGAGUGGAUCAAGCACAGCCCAGAGGAAGAGAUUGCCCUGGGGCCGGCCUGUUGGUUGUGGGAUUAUUUGAGACGUUCCGGCCAGGGUGGUUUCUUUCUGCCUCUGAGUGGUGGCGUUGAUUCCAGCAGCACGGCCAUCAUAGUGCACUCCAUGUGCCGCCAGGUGGUGAAAUCCAUUAUGCUCGGUGAUGUUCAAGUGCUGCAUGAUAUUAGGAAAAUCUUGGCAGACCCGGACUUUACACCGGACAAUCCGGCCGCACUGUGUAAUCGUCUGUUGGUUACUUGCUACAUGGGAAGCGAAAAUUCCAGUAAGGAAACUCGCCAGAGGGCAACCACUUUGGCGAGUCAAAUCGGUAGUUACCAUUUGGAGAUUAACAUUGACGGGGCGGUGAGUGCCCUGCUGACGAUCUUCAACCUCGUUACCGGAAUGAAGCCUCAGUUCAAAGCGCAGGGUGGCUGUCCUAGACAAAAUCUAGCACUGCAAAACAUACAGGCUAGAACGCGGAUGGUUCUAUCCUAUUUGUUUGCCCAGUUGAUGCUGUGGGUUCGAAACAGACCCGGCGGACUGUUGGUGCUAGGUUCCGCCAACGUAGACGAGGCUCUGCGAGGUUACAUGACGAAGUACGAUUGUUCGUCCGCUGAUGUUAACCCGAUCGGAGGAAUUUCGAAAGCUGAUCUCAAACGUUUUUUGCUGUUCGCUAAGGAUAAGUUCAAGCUUCCGGUUGUAUCGGAGAUAGUAACAGCGCCACCUACAGCCGAACUGGAACCAUUACACGAGGGUGCCUUGGCUCAAACGGACGAAGAGGACAUGGGAAUGACGUACGCCGAGCUAAGCGAAUUCGGUCGUCUUCGUAAGCAGGCCUACUGUGGACCGUACAGCAUGUUCUGCAAGCUGCUCUCGAUGUGGAAGGAUACCUGCUCCAGUCCGCAGGUUGUGGCCGAUAAAGUGAAGCACUUCUUCCGUUGCUACGCAAUUAAUCGACACAAAAUGACGGUGCUAACACCGGCCUAUCAUGCCGAGUCGUACAGCCCGGACGAUAACCGGUUCGAUCAUAGACCUUUUCUGUACCGCGCUAACUGGAGCUGGCAGUUUAAGUGUAUCGAUGAGGAACUGGAACGGUGCCAAAGUUCUUCAACGGGUGCUCCCUCUUCUGGUGGAGACGACAAAAACAAACGUUACGAUGUUGGUAGCGGCGGCCGGUCCGGAUCGGGUGGUUCACCUAAAUCCACCGGAGGCGGUACGGAGAAAGGUUCCCUACCGCUGUUUUUCUCCGAUGGCGCCUUAGGAGGAAUGAGCAGCGGUGGUAGCGCCCAUCAGCUGACAAACAUCUCACUCGGCUAUGGACAGAUUGAUCUCAAGCUACCAAAGUCACACAGCAGUGGCGGCUACUCGAAGAUGCACUCCAGCGUUAUGGGAAAAAUCAAAGACCGUACCGGAGUGCCGGUCUAGGGAGAGAUGAAUUGGGCGGUUCGUUUCAGCGGAGCACAAUUUGAAUUUGAACGAAGACGACGGCACUCACUGCCGAUAUGAGCGAACUGCUGUUUUUUUACCAAAGUAAUCGUAAACACACACACACACACACACACACACACACACACACACACACACACACACACACACACACACACACACACACACACACACACACACACACUUUUUUGCCUAGUUACUAUUUUAGGACAGUUGAGAUAUAUACUAUAUAGUAUCAAAGUACCUUGCACAAAUUGAGCCAGUCGAACUUUUUUAGUAAUUUUCGGAAAACACAUCUAUUCUAACGGCAUCGAUUUUAAAUGGAAUAGCAUAGUGGAUUUUAUAUCAGCAAUUUCGUGCAUCAGUUAGCUUGAAUGCCUAACAAAACAUGACUAUUUCAAACGUAACCAUAGAGAGUUAGUUAAGUAGAAACUAUUCUUUGCCUAAUGUUUGUAACCAACUACUGCUUGAAACCAUUCUCAAACUUUUUCCAGCAGAGUACCGUUAAGCUUUCGAUACACGUAAUAAUCUAAAGAAGUAAACAACACAAUUACUACAAGUGCUAAUAACCGAUAGAUUACCGAAAAUAGCUUACGCCUCUAAAUGCCUGCGGAUUAACCUAGGAUGUUAGGAUGCGAACAACUCUUGUUGAUAGUGCGUUAUCAAAUAGCUCGGUGCGGUACGUUUUACGAACUCGACACGAAUUUAUCAGUAAUAAUGAUUUUAACUUAGAGAUGUAGUCAUAACGAUCAACGAAAAACAAAAAAAAAUGUAAAACAGAGCAGACCUCAAUCGGAUCGAUCGAUACUCUUUUAUACGUGCACGGACACACCGACAUUACCCGCGUGCAUGGCAGUAGUAGUAGUAGUAAUAAGAGUAGAAUUGCUAAGCAAUUGGUGACUUCUCACAGGGAGCAACUUUAAGAUAGAAACAUUUUUUUUUAAACAAAUUAACUAUUAGCGUGCCACGGCAAAAGGUAAUUACACAAUAAUAGAAAAAAUCAAUAUCUUUCAACAA